AUGAGGGCGUGGUGUGCUAACCUGAGGAAAAUAGAUCUCCCUGAGUCUCAGACCUAUGACAAAUCGUAUGACCCCAGCGGAUGGAGUGCUCAAAAUGUGCAGAAGCCGUGCAUAGCUGAGCCACCUCCACCCCGCACUCAUGGAUGUGACCCCUCUUCUGGCAGAUCGCGAUCGAAAAAGCGUCAAAUUAGGGAGGAGACCAUUCAAAAGCUAUGUCACCCACAAUAUCCCUUCUUUAAACUACCGCCAAUUCCACCUGAAAAAAGUUACGAAAAACAUUCGUGCUUCAAUGAGACCUUAUUGGGCCACCUCGAGUAUCAUGACCACGACGCUCGAAAGUACUACAGAAUCUUUCAAAACAGGUUUGAUUUGGACAUUGUUGGGCGCUUUGCGCCUCAUAACCUAUGCAAAGACUAUCCUUCGGCUAUAACUCGGAAAUAUGCUUUCAACUGGCCGGAAUGCUGCAUCAUGGCCUUCACUGAUACUCAUAUUCCAAUCGGGAUAAUCAUGGCUCAUCAAACAGACUCGAAACGGGCGAGAAUUACAAUGUUUGCUGUGGAACAUAGGGUGGACGAAAAUGAUGUCUGUACGUACAAGAUAGCUGUCAGCAUGAAAAAUAAGAAGCUGAUAUGGCUUGAGAUCCAAAGACUGAGGAAGAAUGGCAUUCGAACGGUAGUACUUGCACCGAAGGAUGAAGACAGGAAAAAACAACUGGCGCACAUGUGCAGAGAGACCGGUCCACUACGUCAACUCAAUGUUCAAGGAGAGUUCCACUUCGACAUAUGA